AUGUCGCCAACCAAAAAUGGUAGAACGUCACCACCUAAGAACACGCGUCCUGCUGAAUCGAUGGGACAAGUACCACAAGCUAAACGACCGAAGAAGCGUUCAUAUUUUUUUCAACCCAUCGACUCAAUAACUGGAAACCAGAACGCAUCGUCCAGAACUACAACCACUAAACCAUCAUCCUCGACUUUUUCAACUUCCUCAACUUUCUCGACUUCCUCGUCGUCUUCCUCAGCUAAUGAACAUACUGUUAAGCGCAUAGACCAAAAUGUUUUAAACAAAACAACAACAACGGUCCUGCCAAUCGCCGAGGCUAAACCGUAUCCUACUAGUUUUCCCGGAAGCCCAAAACGAGUUCGACGUAAUAGAGAUAUAAAAGUUGUGACGGACCAUUCUGACGAUAGCUACGAUGGCAUUUUGUGGAAAGAAAGCCCAGAGUUAAAGAACAAAGUGGCCAACCCUUCAAGAGAAGCAGAGUCGCGACAUCCAUCUGAUAAGACUGGUUAUUCAUCAUCUCCACUUAAAGGUGCUUCUAGUCAAAGAGAUAAUAAUCAAACGGUCCCAAAAACGCCGGAAAUUCUUUCAAGAUAUGGCACUAAUUUUCACAAUACUAUGCUGCGUUCCUCGCCCCGACUAUCAAAGACCUGUUCUGACCUAAGUGGAAAAGAAAGCACAAGUAAAAAAAGUUCACACUUACCGCCCCCAGCUGCAUUGGUUCGAAGCAAGUCAAAUUUUCUUCUGCGCACGGAUACAUGCGAGAAAAGCUCGUCUUUGAGUGAAUGGAUAAAUAAGCUUGAAGAUACCCACCUGCCAAAGUCAACAACAACAGCAGCAGCAGCAGCAACAAUAACAACCAUUAAUAGACAACCCCUUCCACUGUCACCUCUGAAAGAGCAAGUGCAGACCCUUGAACUGUCUCCACUGAAAGGUACCAACGUCAAGUCAGUGCAACAAGAACACUCGAGCGAUCCAUUUUCGGACGAUGAAGAAGUUUUAGCUAUUUUUAAUCAUUCACAAAAGCAAGGUGAGAGUAUACAAACUCGAACAAGACAAGAGAUUAUAACUGUGAGUUCACCUCCGCCAAGGAUAGCAUCACCUCCCAAACCUCGAGCCGUUGAUAGCAAUGUAGUCAACAAUGUUAAUAAUGAUGAUAAUAAUGUCAGUAACAGUGCUGAAAAAAAUGCAGAAGAUCUUUCAGACGAUCCAUUUUCCGACGACGAUAUUGAGGAAUUGAUGCAAGUCUCUGCAUCUGCAUCUGCAUUUGCAUCUACAUCUUCUAUUGCUAACAAGUCAACCGAGUUUUCAAAAUUUACAAAGUUGUUCAAAGAAGGGAUGAGACAUUUUGAAGAAGCAUCAACAUCUAAAGAAAAUUACCAAGAAAAAGAGGAGCGCUUCGGUGAUAUUUGCUACGGUCGUCCCGAGCUUCGAAGAUUACGAAUUAAGGAACAAAUUCUGCCAAAGCCAGCGGUACUGGGAUUGGAGCUUACAUCACCGAUGGUAACGCCGCCGCUGCUGCUGCUGCUGCUGCAAUUGUUAGUGCACAACUCAUAUAAAACAUCUGAAAAUAUUUUCUUAGUAGAGUCGCCAGAUGGUGUUGUCUCCACUCUUAAGUUGAAAGGCCAAUAUUGCGAGCUUGAAAUCCAACCAGGUGAUAUUGUCCACGUUAUUGUUACCGAUGAUUCUCAUCCGAAUAUAGUUGAUGACACAACUAAUUUAUUAAUUUGGAAUCCGGAUAUCCUCCUUUCUGCAACCACAAUUGCCCUGCAGAUCAACUGUCCACGGAAAUCUAUUUUGCUUUCCAGAUUUAAAUUUCCAGGAACAACAACAGUACCAAUCAUUGUUGGUGAGAUUGUCCAUUUUGUAUUCCAAGAGUGUAUGGCAACUGAAACAUGGACAUUGGAGUUUAUGCUGGAGGUGCUUGAGCAAUUAAUGCAGCAAUAUCUCGUGAGUAUAUUCAGUGUAGGAGAAGAAGAAAACAAGGUGAAGCUGGAAGUGCAGAAGCAUUUUCUGUACCUCAAAACUUGGUUUGAUAAAUAUUACAAGAAGUCAAUUGGACGGUCAAGUCGAAUUGAAAAUACCUCAGAAAGAAACGAUAUUGGGUUUGCUUGCGAAGAGAUUUUGGAUAUCGAAGAGGAUAUCAAAUCACCUGCAUUUGGUAUAAAGGGUAAAAUCGACGCUACUAUGGUUGCCAAGUUGCAAAAUAAUCAAAUUGAUGGUAAAUUUCUAUUACCAAUGGAGAUUAAAACAGGACGAGAAUAUGUGAGCCAUAGUGCGCAAGCAACGUUGUAUGCCUUAUUGUUUAAAGAUAGAUACAAUUUGGAUAUAAAAUCUUCCGUGCUUGUAUACACUAAAGAACAGCUCACUAAGCGCAGUAACAUUAAUGCUCCCGAUUUGAGAGCACUAAUCAAUUUGAGGAAUAAAGUUUCGCAACAUCACAAGAAUAAUGAGACUUAUCCACCACUUUUGAAACGAGCAGAGUGUGCAAGAUGCGAGGUUCAAUCUGCAUGCAUGGUGAUUGACUCAUUGAUGGAAGAUGGUAACAGUAAAGAUUGUGGAAUUGAUGAAGAGACUUAUCUAUCAUACACCAGUCAUAUUUCCAAUCCAGACUAUAAGGUAUUUUUGAAAACAUGGGAUGGAUUGAUUGCAAAAGAGGAGGCGUUUAUGAGUAAAACAAUUAAACAUCUUUGGACUAUUCCCACAGAACAGAGGCUGGCUCAAGGAGGAUGUCUUGAUAAUUUAAAAGUAGUCAAGUCCACAGAUGACGAAGAAGAGGAAGAAGAAGAUAAAGAGAGUCUGAUUUUUCAUUAUGCAACCGUUCGUGGCGAUAAAUCCACUGCAAGAAGAUUUACAUACGUUUUUGAAAGAGCCAGUGACGCGAAACUAUUAGUUGAUUUUCAGAGUACCAAGUUUAAUGUAAACGAUCGAGUGAUAAUCAGCGACCAAUCAGGACAAUUUGCAAUCACCAACGGUCUUGUCAAGUCGGUGUCUCCAUCCCGGAUUGUUAUUAGCACGCGAAGGCGAAUCAUCACUUGCGAUCAGAAAUUGAGCAACUUUAGCGAAUCCAAUAAUCAAGUCUAUAAAAGUUUGAUUAGAGGCCAUAAUAGUGGUUCAAAGAUGAAUGAGAAAUUGUUCAUUAUUGAUAAAGAUGAAAUGUUCUAUGGAUUAGGUUUGGCAAGGUAUAAUAUUUUGAGCUUGUUUUUAGAUACAACGCCUCUGAGCCUACGGGAACUAGUAGUGGAUCUUAGAGCUCCAACAUUUACGCAGUCAAAUAGCACUUCCAACAAAUUAGUGAACUUUAACCCAUCUCAAAUAGCCGCGUUUAACAAAGUUUUUGCUGCUAAUGAUUAUGCGUUAAUUUUGGGAAUGCCUGGAACCGGCAAGAGUACCUUGAUUGUUGAAAUCAUCAAAGAAAUAGUUGAACGUGGUGAAACUGUUUUGCUCACUUCGUAUACAAACUCAGCUGUCGACAAUAUUUUGUUGAAAUUGCUUGAAAGCAAUAUUGGGAAAAAAUCACCAGUCAAAUUCAUAAGAAUUGGUCAUCCACUGCGCGUGCAGAAUAGUCUUCAUCAGUAUAUCCCCGAUUAUGCAAACCCCAUACAGGACCAAUCACAAUUUAUAGAAACAUAUUGUUCACCGAAUCUAGUAGCUGCAACAUGCUUAGGUGUACGAGACCUUUGUUUCAAUAUCAGGACCGAAUUCGAUUAUUGUAUAGUUGAUGAGGCGUCGCAGAUUACUUUCCCCAUCAGCAUUGGUCCAAUUCAACUUGCAAAAAAAUUCAUAUUGGUUGGAGACCAUUAUCAAUUACCUCCAUUGGUGUUGCAUCCUGCUCCCGAAGUGAGGUUUGGUCUUUCGCAAUCUCUUUUCAGAUUACUUGCAGAAGCACAUCCCAACUCCGUUACAGAACUAACGUAUCAAUAUAGAAUGUGUGAAGAGAUUAUGCAAUUAUCAAAUGUGUUGAUUUACGAAAAUAAACUUAAAUGUGGUUCCCAUGCAGUUGCAAAUCAGUACUUGAACAUCCCUAAUCCCCAAAUGAUUUCCUCAUUUACAAAGCCCGGCUUGCCUCAGUCUCUGCAAUGGAUGAAUUAUGUCUUUGACAGUAAUAUCAAGGUACUCUUCUUGGAUCACGACAAGCUUAAUGCAAAGGAAGUUGUUCGUGGUGAAGCUAUCAAGAAUCAUAUGGAAGCAAAGUUGAUCAAGCAAAUAGUCAAAUCUCUUGUUCUUGCAGGUGUUGAAGAGAAGCAAAUCGGCGUAAUGUCAUUUUACCGCGCGCAAUUAAAUCUAUUGAAAAAAGACCUUUCUUCGAGGUUGGAUUUGGAAAUUUUGACAGCAGACCAGUACCAAGGUCGGGACAAGGAGUGUAUCAUCAUAUCGUUGGUGAGACUGAAUGAUGAAAAUAAUGCGGGUGAGCUUUUAAAGGAAUGGAGAAGACUUAAUGUUGCUGUUACCAGGGCAAAAUCGAAAUUGAUUAUAUUAGGAUCGAGAACAACGCUAUCCACAACAAACACAACCAAAACAUUUAUUGAUUUUUUAGAUCAAAGAAACAGAUACUUUCAAUUGACAGAGGGUGCUGAUACAUUCUACAACUUUCCCGAAUCAGCAAAUUCGUCUCCAAUAAAAGGCUCACAAUUGACGAAAAGACACAUAAAGCCUACACCAAUUCUUCUGAACAUUAUACAAAAUAUGCGAAACUAG